AUGGACAUCGGCACAAUUCUGUCUGCUGCUCAAACACUCUUUGCAGCGCUGGAUUGCUCAGAAUUGAAAGACAUAUGCUCAAUUUUUGGCUACAAAUCCCAACUUAAUGACCUCCAAAACACCGUCCACACCAUUAAAACUGUGCUCAGCAAGGCAGAGGCCAAGCAGGAGCUCCUUGAUGAAGAGCAGCACUAUGUUGAGGAACUCAAGGAUGCAGUUUAUGAAGCAGAUGAUCUGCUUGAUGAAUUCAUCACUCUUAUCGAGCAGAAGAAGAUCACAGACAAUGACAAGAAGGUACGUCUCUUCACUUUUUUCAAGAAGGUUGGUGUUGCUCAUAAGGUGUCUAGAGGGGUUAAGAAGAUCAAGCAGAAGUUGGAUGCUGCAGUUUACAACAAUCAGUUUAGAUUUCAGAUCGAUCAUGAGCCUAUCAGGAAGAGAAGGCCUGAGACUUGCUCUUAUGUGUAUGCAGUUGAUAUAAUAGGAAGAGAGGACGAUUUGGACAUUGUAAAGAUGUUGCUGGAUUCCAAUGUCCAACAAGAACUUUCUUUUAUUACUAUUGUAGGGAUCGGAGGAUUGGGAAAAACUGCUCUGGCUCAACUUGUGUAUAAUGAUGAAAGAAUUCUAGCUUCAGCUACUGGCCUGAAGAAUGAAGGCUCCACCCCAGAAUCAGUACAGAACCAGCUCCGAGAACUACUAGCAAGCAAUAAAUAUUUGCUUGUGUUAGAUGAUGUUUGGACUGAGCACUCUUUUGGAUCAGAAAAAUUAAAUCACUCAGAGGACUUGGUCAAGAUUGGACAAGAGAUUGUUGAGAGAUGUGCUCGAAACCCUCUCGCUAUAAGAGUGGUAGGAAGUUUUCUGUUUGGCCAAGACGAGAGCAAGUGGCAAUCAUUUCUGGAUAUUGGAUUAGCCAACUUCAGAGAGAGUCAUGAUGACAUUACUCCUAUACUGUUGCUGAGUUACCAUCAUCUUGAGUCUCCAAUAAAGUGCUGCUUUAGUUAUUCUGCAUUGUUUCCCAAAGAUUUUGAGAUAGGGAAAGAGAUGUUGAUAAGCCUUUGGAUGGCACAGGGCUAUAUUGUGCCGUUUGAUAAAGGCCAAAGUAUCGAGGAUGCCGGUGAGGAAUAUUUUUCAAUUUUGUUGCGGAGAUGUUUUUUCCAAGACGUUAAAAAGAAUGAAGAUGGUGAGAUCAACUCAUGUAAGAUACAUGAUCUGAUGCAUGACAUUGCUCAAAAAGUCACACAGGGGGAGAUUUCUGCAAAAACAGUCAGCAUUGAUGAUUUGGAUAAAAAAGUUCGCCAUUUAUCUUUUGAUAGAAGUUCAUUUGCAAAUUACUCUUUCAUUAACACCCAUAUUCGCUCCUUUCUUAAUGUUGACGACAAUUUUCAAUUUGUCAACAUGGAGCAGUUGCUACCAGCGAAGGCUUUAGUAGCAAGUUGCAAGUGCUUAAGGGCAUUGGACCUGUCUGGGUUAAAUAUCAAAAGCUUGCCAAGCUCGAUGGGUAAUUUGUUGCACUUAAGGUAUCUAGACCUCUCAUUUAAUGGAAAACUGGACGAGCUCCCUAAGUCAAUUACAAAACUGUACACCCUACAAACCCUAAAACUAAGGGAAUGUUUUUUACUCGAAGAGUUUCCAAAACACUUGAGUAGAUUAGUUAAUCUUAGGAUCUUAGAUACAUGGGGUUGCUACAGCCUGACUUUCAUGCCUCGGGGCAUGGGUAAGCUGACUUACCUUCACACGCUAAGUAAGUUUAUAGUGGGUGGUGUAGGGAGUGGUUCAAGCUGGGAGCAAUGGUGUGACGGGAUGGAAGACCUGAAGGCUCUUGACAACCUGAAAAAUGAUCUUGAAAUUCAUAUCAAGUGGCCCCUAAAAGGUACUAAUGCUGUCAAGCAAGAAGGUUCUGGUAGAAGUGUAGUAAAUGUAUUGAGGAAUAAGAAACACGUCAAGCACAUUAGAUUUAAUUUUAUACAUGAGGAGGCUAAUGGAAGAGUAGUAAUUGAUGAGGAAGCAAGAUUGCGAUUGAUGGAAGAGCUGCAGCCACAUUCGAAGCUCAAGGGGUUAGAAAUGUUGGGAUACCAUGGUGUGAAACUGCCUGAUUGGGCAAUUGAUAAUAACAUGGUAAAAUCUCUCCCAUAUCUUGUAAAGCUUCAUCUUGAAGAUUGCAAGGACUUGGAGCAAGUGCCACGCUUAGGCAAAUUGCAAAAUCUGAAGGUGCUCUCACUUUUAUCAGUAGACAAUGUGGCCUGGCUAAACUCACUGCCAGUUGAGGCUUUUCAGUGCCUAUCUGAGAUGCGCAUUAAAUAUGAUAAAGUGGUGGAGAGUUUGGCUGAACUUGGGGUGGUUCUCCAUAGCUGCUCAUCUUCCUUGCGAUCCUUGAUCAUUCAUGAUUGCCACAAACUAAAGACUUUGUAUGGAGGGUUGGAGCAUCUCACUGCACUGGAGAAGCUACGGAUAUCUGCAAGUCAUAACCUGAGGCUAUCAGAAGUUACACAGAAUAGUACUGGCACACCGUGGCCAUCCCUUCAUCAGAGCCUUCGUUACUUGCACUUGUGGGACAUGCCGCAGCUCAUAAAUCUGCCCAAUUCUAUGCAGUACUUAACUGCCCUCCAUACCCUUGAAAUUUCAACGUGCAAACAACUGGAAUCAUUGCCCUUGUGGAUUUCACAACUCACCUCUCUCAAGCAACUUCGGAUUUCAGGGUGCUCAGCUAGCCUGGAGAGAAGAUGCCAAAGUAUCCCAAUAGGAAAGGACUGGCCCAACAUUAAACAUAUCCCUACCAUUGUAGUUCGAAAAGCACUAGACAGUUAA